CAAGGAAUUAAUUGAUAAUGCUACAGCAACAGGAGCUGAUCCACAGAUAUUAGAUGCCUACGCUAUCAAUGGCCAGCCAAGAUUUCCAAAUAAUUGCUCUAAUGAAACAACAUAUCGUUUCCCAGUCCAAUAUGGAAAGACAUAUCUUCUCCGUGUUGUUCAUGCUGGGAUGAAUUAAGAAAUGUUCUUUGGAAUAGCAAAACACAACCUCACUGUUGUUGCCCAAGAUGCCGCAUACAUAAAGCCCAUAACCACCGAUUACGUCAUGAUGACCCCAGGGCAAACAAUGGACAUCUUGCUCACUGCAGACCAAGAUCCUAGCUACUAUUAUAUAGUUGCAACACCUUUUGUUGAUGCUGAUGUUCCAUACAAUAGUUCCAACACUUUGGCGAUUCUGCAGUAUGCAGGAAAUUAUACUCCUCCAUCCUCUCCUUCAUAUCCUUCCCUUCCUAAUGUCACUGACAGGGAUGCUGUAAAAAACUUCACAACUCGCAUAAGGGCCUUGGCAAGUAUUGAGCACUCCAUCAAUGUCCCUAAAGAAAUUGACAUGAAAAUUUUCAUUGCAGUUUCUAUAAAUGAGAUAUUUUGCCCUGAUGAAUCUUGUGAGGGUCCAAAUGGUAAUAGGCUGUCUGCAAGCUUAAACAACAUCAGUUUCUUGACUCCAACAAUUGACAUCCUGCAAGCGUAUUACAAGUAACAUUGCCUCCUUGUCUUUCUAUAUUUUAUUUUAUUUAUAUAUUUUUUU